AGCACUCUGAGCCCGGGCUGCUCUGAGAAGAAGCCGCACGUCCCAUUCUCACGACACACAUAUACAAACACACACGUGAACGAGCGCGCGUGCACGCCGGUAACCAGCAGACCCAGUCGUUCAGCUGCUCGGGAACAUUCCUGUCCAACAGAAACUACGAGAAACACACCGGAGCUGCUUUUUAUCGCAUUUUACCGGCUGUCCGGGGAGCGUCACUCCUCCUGCCGAGCCUCUCAAACUUUUCCCGGUAAAUAGAGCGCGGAGAGGCGGGCAGCAGGAGCCGCAGCCCGGGGGUCAGCGGAGACAUGGGAGACUCUCACUGAACCCGACACGGAAACACCAUCAUGGCUGUGGACGCGGCGGCCAGUUUCAGUUUCGUCAGGCCGGCUGUGGAGUACAGAGCUCUGCCCGAGGACUUCAAGCACCAGCUGAGUCGACGCACAGGCGGGAAUCUAACCUGGCACGAUGGCCGCGGGCAGAAGUCAGCAGGAGGUCGAGCGGUGAAGCUUCUGCAGCAGCCGGGCACCGGGGCCCUGCAGUACCGCUCCAGUGAUAAUUAUGGGAUUUAUCACACGAGCCCGACGCAGCCCAGCCUCAUCCGGCCGGUGGUGAUGUGGUCGCAGCAGGAUGUGUGCAAAUGGCUGAAGAAGCACUGUCCUCACAACUACCUGACCUACGUGGAGGCGUUCUCUCAGCACGCCAUCACAGGCCGAGCGCUGCUGCGUCUGAACGCGGAGAAGCUGCAGAGGAUGGGUCUGGUGCAGGAGACGCUGCGGCAGGAGCUGCUGCAGCAGGUGUUGCAGCUGCAGGUGCAGGAGGAGGGCCGCAACCUGCAGCUGCUCAGCAGAGCGCAGGGAACCUUUGGAAGGAUAUCGUAGCCACAUUCCUGGAAAAGGUGGAUUAUGUGGAAUUAUGGGAUAUUUUUUUGACCCAGAUGAACUCUAAUGUGAAUCAGAUGUGGAAUAAAUCCGUCCAGCGAUCAGAGAUCCGCAGACGAGAGGAAAUCUCACCUAAUCUCUACGGACUGAACUGAACUGUGACGACACCAGACAAUCUGCUUUAUCAAAUAUGAUCUCUAAUGUGUGAUUUCUCUCUCUCUCUCUCUCUCUCUCUCUCUCUCUCUCUCUCUCUCUCUCUCUCUCUCUC